CAACAUCAGACUGAUUCCUGCUGGUUUGGAAAUCGGUUGUUUGGUGUUUGUACCUCCCCAUCAAUGUUUGGGAUGCUGCAAAGGGAUUUUUUUUGUGUGUGAAAAUAUUUUGCUAUGAUUGACAACUUUUGGAUUCGAUCUUGCAGCAGUCCAGGGCCAAUUAACCUGUGUGCAGACCUAAAUCCGUGUGAUGGUAAAGAAGAUGUAGUGGGUUUAGCGUGUGAAGUGCCAAAAGCAGAAGUGCUAUUAAGUGGACUGCUAUAAAUUACAGUCAAAAAGCUGCGGAAUAUGCAUGUACAGCUAUACUGAAACGACGAAACUGUAUAAAAAGUGAAUCUCGGCUGUGGAGAGGAUAACGAAAAAUCGGAAGUCACUAACUGAGUUAAUUAGAGGCGGAACAGGAUUUGGAUUAAAUAAGAUUAAACAUUUGAAGUGGGUCGAGCUUGUUGAUUUGCUGGUUGGGAACGCUCCAAUACAGUGCCCCGUAUUAACCAUGCACUCCCGGAUACUGAUGCUUUUCUGGCGCAAGAAGCUACUUCUACUUACCACCUCGCUGCUCUUCCUGGUGGCCCUGUGGUUCUGGGGAUUCCUGUACACGACACACGUGACGGACGGUGGCAAAAUCGUAUCCGUCAAGGAGCUUAUGAUGGGUGGCGCUGGCAGUGCUAGUAGCCAUCACGAAAGUCUACUACAGCGGUUGGGAUUCUAUGAGGACGUUGCGAGUGACGAUGGCCAAUCGGUUGUUGCCGCCGGGGUGAAGUUUGUCAAGCCAACCAGUAGCUUCUCGAUGAGGAAUAAGGGUAGAUUCUACAACGAAUGGGAAGCCAUCAUGCAGGAUCGUGAAGAAAAACCUCGCAUUUCCAAGCAGGAUAUUGUGAAGCGAAAAUCAUCCGAGGAGUUGAGAAUCGCAGCCGAAAAACAGAAUCAUUACGAACAUGAGCUUAAAAAGAUGGGCGUUCCGGUGAUUGCUGGCAUCGGCCCAGGCGGUCAUCCACCUCCGUUACAGCGGUUAGUUCACUUGGAUUUAAAGGGAGCCCCUCCUAAGAUAUCCUAUCUGAAAAGAUUGAUGCCGAUAAUGAAAACUUUAGGAGCGACAGGAAUUCUUCUGGAGUAUGAAGAUAUGUUUCCGUACAGUGGAGCACUAUCCUCGAUCGCUGCGAAAAAUGCCUACAACAAAGAUGAAAUAUUGGAAAUACUGAAGACGGCUUUCGCCCUAGGACUUACCGUCAUCCCUUUAGUACAAACGUUUGGCCAUUUAGAAUUCGUAUUGAAACUACAGGAAUUCCAACACCUCAGAGAGCUGGACGAUGCUCCACAGGCACUUUGUCCGAGCCAAAACUCUUCUAUGAUAUUUCUAGAAGAAAUGCUUGAUCAGAUAGUUGAAUAUCACACACCAUCGCAAAACAUCAAUCUGCUGCACAAGGACGACAUCGAAAAAUUGACACCCAAAUUGACGCACAUACACAUCGGCUGCGAUGAAGUCUACCAAAUCGCACAGUGUCAGCGCUGCAAAAAUCGUCUCAAAGAUCAACUAUUUCUAGAUCACGUCUACAACGUAGCCACGAUUAUCAACAAAAAAUGGCCCCACCUAAAGAUCAUAAUCUGGGACGACAUGCUACGUCACAUGUCUCUGGAGACCCUUCAAUCUUCCGGUAUCGGAAAGUUAGUCGAACCAAUGAUUUGGGUGUAUGCCGAGGACAUUUACAAGUUUAUUCAAUCGUCCACAUGGGAAAAAUAUUCCUCCAUUUUCAACACCGCAUGGGCCGCUUCUGCCUUCAAAGGAGCUCAUGGUGAAGCAUUACUACUGCCCCCGAUACGACGCCAUCUGGAAAACACUCUCCGCUGGUUGGCGGUUAUGCAAGGAGAAGGCGCACGUUUUACCCAUGGCCUGCAGGGGCUGGCGUUGACGGGCUGGCAGCGAUACGACCACUUUGCGAUCCUCUGUGAACUUCUUCCCACCGCACUUCCUUCGUUGGCCAUCUGUUUGUCGACCGCUUCCCGAGGUUACUUCGAUGUCAACGCCAAAACCAAUCCGGUUCUGAGUAGUUUAACUUGUCCGGAACCUACCAGCGAUCGACACGCGUGGGUUGAACUGCACAAAGAUUCGAUGCUUUCCACCUUUUCGCGGUGCAUGUUCCCCGGUAGCGUUAUCUAUCGCUUCGUCCUUCGACUGAUGACGCUGAUGACGGAAGCGAAGGAGUAUAUUGACGAUGUCAAGCAAAAGCGUGGCUGGUUGACGGACUACAACGUACGGCAUAACUUUACUUCUGGCACACGGGUUGACGAUCUGCUUGGGGAGGAUUACCGACUGCUUAAUUCAAUAACCAAUUUAGCGCGGAAUGCUGCCUCCACAUUGGCUGAUGUAUACGAUCAUUGGACUUCGGGUGAGUUCAUCGAACAACGGAUUUACCCGAUACUGGCAGAAUUGAAAAAUUUGGAGCAUAUUGGCGAGGGUCUUAAGAAAAGGAAAACUUGGCCACAGCGGCCAUUGCCGUAUCUGAAGCCUUUCGAAGCACUCGGUAUCGACGAGAAAACCUAGCUGGAGGAGUACAUGAAGAUUCCGCUGAGACAUUGAACCACUUCGGGGAAAAUGUGAGGCCCAAGCGUGGAUCUUUCAAUGAUUCAAAUGUGAUUUAAAAGUGAAGUAUUAUUGAUAGGAAUUGUAGCGGUUUUGAGGACCGACUGUAGACGUUUAGAUCAGUAGGAUUUUUAUCUCACGUGAUGAUAUUGCAUGAUUGUGUGAGGCGACGGAACGUGAAGGCUACGCCGGAAUGUCGAUCGUUGAUGAGCGGCGGAUAAGAAGCGCAUGAGAAAAAAAGGACGAUAGUGAAACAUGGGUCUUAGUUAUUACAGCUGGUUGAGAUAGCACUGAGGAUUUUUUGUAGAACCAUAACAACUGAGAUUAACAAUAGGAACUCCAAACAUCUCCUCGAAAAGUCACCUGUUUCAACGGCCGAGAAGCAUUUCUCACAAUAGUUUAUCCUUGUUAAUUCACUUUAUUAACGAUUCAAUAUCAAGUUCAGUUCCUUGCACGCGUCUGUUUACUGACAUAUAAAUUCGAAUGAAAAGCUGUUGUAUUUAAGAUAUUCACAAGCAGGAUGUGAAUGCUGCUGAUGAAUCCCUAGCAUUGCCCAUUAUUUUUCCAUUUUUUUUUAUUAACGACUAAGAGUGAGUCAUUUUUGUCUUUUUUAUGUUGUACCGACAUUAAAUUAGCAAGGAACUGUGAAGUAUUUACAAUAUAAAGAGCCAUAGUGCUCAAAGAAGAGCAAGGAUGUGAAGGAAGAAAGUUUAGAAAAGAAUGGACUAGGGUCAUAUCAGCAAGCUUAGUAGCUCAGCAGCUUGGAGUGAAAAGGUGUUGAUACCAUGUUCAAUCUACACAAAUAAUUAUAUGACAUUGCUGCUGAGGCAAACACAAUAGCCGAUCAAAUAAAAACGCUCCGGCAUGCAAUUUGUGAGGGACGAAAACUAACUCAUUCAAGAGUUUUAUCGUCGCAAAAUGCUUAGCGUAGAAGCUUCCAGUGACUUUUUGUCAGGUUUUGACAGCAUACAGUCCUAAGUUACACUUGUCCGGGCAUGCCGUAGUCUCUGGUGAUUGGCAUUCGAUAAGAAAAAAAUGCCAAAAGAUCCUGACUCUUGCGGUAGAAGACAAAGGGUUAAAUUGGCGAAAAACGAUGAGCCUAUUCCACGCUUUUCUAAACAUUCUUCCUUCACAUUGCCUUUCCUUAAGUACUAUGGCUUCUAAUAUUGAAAAUACUUCACACCAUCUAGUCCUUGCUAAUUAAAUGUUGUUACAAUAUACAUGACUCACUAUUAGUCUUUAAUAAAAAAAAGUCAGAACAAUAACAUCAUGACUGACAUCUGAAGCAGCGACGAGCUCAUCAAUUUUUGAGCGUAGUCCUCUCACGUUCUGAUAGUAGAUUUUACGAUAUCCCUGCAAGUAGCCUCCAGACGAUUGAACGGGGCAAGUUCCUGGGGCGAUGGUGGAAGCAAACGCUUGUAAUUGGGGUGGGUUUUCAACAAAGUCAGCAUCUGUAUGCCCCUGUUUCGAAAGAACUUAUACAUUCAUUGUAUUUACCUGACCAAGCGGGUGCAGGAGUUCCAUGUUCUUCGAAUUGGUCUAACUUAUUUAGAGCGUUCUCAUCUGAUGGGAAAAUGUCGCUGUCGUGUCCCUCAAUUUCCGUGGUAGGCAAAUGGGUGUCAGUGACGGAAUCGACCUGAUUACAUCUGUUGGCAAACUGCAAUUGUAAACCAAAUUCAGGGUGCGCAGUAUCCCGCGUAGCUUCGGAAGGACAUAUACCUGCCAUAACAUCCAAGAUCCGUGCCAAACAUAUGGGCGUCGGUGCACCGAUAGCAGCGGAGCACGUUUACACAUUCAGAAACUUUGCAUCGCAUUCAAUCUAAUUGGACACGUUUUAGUUGCAUAAAUUUUUCGAACGUUUUGGCACAAGUUUCGAUAAUCGCGGACAUUGCUAAACCAGUUUUCCACGAAGUUAUCCGCAGUGAUGUCAUUAGUAAAAUCAGCAACUUUUACUCUGGGCUUUAGAACUUUCUGAACGUAUCCGUUGAACUUCUCAGACAGAUUUGCUUUCACUAUACUGAGUAAUCUUAAGGCUGAUUCACGGGAAUCAUAUCAGACCGUGGCUUCUCCCUUAUGUCGGUAAAACACUUCUUUGACACCCAAAAAACAGCAAGUCUUUGAUUUCCUGCUUUGUGUCAGUCGCGACUUGGUACUCGAUCAAUGCGGCAUACAUAGGUGUGGCAGAACACGCGGUUUGGUAGUGUUGGCAAUCAAAAUAUGUAAACUAUCCAGAAGCACGACGGGUCGACGUCAAAGCGUUCACACGAUUCAAUGGGAGCGGAAAAAACGGUAUGACGAAAGCAAGUCGAUUUAUUCUGUGAUCACUCACACCACUCAUGUCAGAUUCAUCAUACGAAUACCAAAGUUCCAUCUUCGCCAUACAUGUAUAUACCACAUUGGGUCUAAUAACAGCCGUUCCCUCUCGCUUCAUAAUUGCAUAGAACAUUGCAUGAAACUGUUUGACCUUACUUUUCUGACAAUUCGGAAAGCUUGUUUACUUUGACUUUAAUUUUUAACACCAUGACACUUUAAUUUUUAACACCAUGCUAUUUUAUGCAUGUAAACAAGCUCGAUUACCUGUCAUUUUUAGAGCAUUUUUACCCAUACGAAGUCAUCGUUCAAUGUGCUAUUAGACUCAACUGAGUGUGUUUUAACAAAGUUACGUAAGAGUGCGCUUUUGGGCGUAUUCUCAUUUCCAAGAUUAUCACUGCCAGGUGGAACAGUCAAAAACCAACGUUUACCCGACCGAAGUUGGCCUACUUCCAUGUGCACCGGCAGAUCACCUACAGGCAUGACGAGAGCUUUUCUUGUCCUAAUUGAUGCGAUGUGGCCCACACUGGCUUUAACAACGUCAAUCAAAACACACAUAUCGUGGCGCAUUGUGUAUUGCUUUCAAGGGCACUUGCAGUGGCGGUAUUCAGAUCGACACAUUUUUCAUGCAAGAUGUGAUCGCAGCCGCCGAAACAGUCACUCGCUGAUGAUAUCCCCAAGGCACACGUACUGCACAGGACAGUAGUCAUAUCUGACUAUCGGUGAUCCACGCUCUGUUUUGCUUCGCCCCGCGAUGGGCCAACGAAACCACUGAUCAUUGGUUUGCUUCUGUUGUGACAGACCGGCCGAGAUUGCAGGUGCGUUUUAUCACUACAGUAAAGUAUAUUACCUUGGAGAACACUUCUUCGCACACCCGCUGGUGUCAAUUUUGCGGCGAUAAUUGUUUUUCUCGAAAGAAAGACGAUUCAAUUAGACCACAACAAUUAACAUCACCCAACAAAGAAUUUAUAAACCAAAUGAUGAAAAGACAAAUCAAGGUAACGCACAAAUCUCCGAUCAACACGGGGAACGUGCCAUUUGAGCCGGUUGCUUCUUCUGAUUCCUGAUUCCAAAUGAAAAACAAAUUCCGUGAAAAAUUUGUCUAGAACGCAGUUAACUUUGUCGAAAACAGUAACUUGCUUGCUCAACACGGGGAACGUGCCAUUUGAGCUGGUUGCUUCUUCUGAUUCCUGAUUCCAAAUGAAUAACAAAUUCCGUGAAAAAUUUGUCUAGAACGCAGUUAACAACUUUGUCGAAAACAGUAACUUGCUAGGAUUUUUUAUAAAAAUGGUUUUCAAGCCUAAACAUCACAUUAACGGGGUUCCUUGAGUGAGAUUGAACCAUUCCAAUAUCAAUAAUUAUAUGUGUUUUGCAUUUACUGAAGUAAUUGUCAUUGACUGGUGAUAUAAAACAUGCAGUCAUUUGUUCGAAUCCCGAUCAAAAAGAUUUUUAGUAGUAGUAGAAGGAUGUUAGGUAACUUACUAACAUAAAGAUGCAACUAGUCGCCACAUUUUAGUCGCCCUCCCCAAAUGCCUGUUUAUGUCUCUGCAGUUUCAUCGCGUCGUGUAUACGCCCAUUAUUAAUUGGCAAUUAUAGAGUGAUGGUCGCAUACCGUCAAGUCACCAGUCACCGUGCCUUUAAGCGAAUUUGGCAUGACUUCAAGCCCUGUUUUUUAUCAAAUUGAUAACCUCUCUCAUAGUCACCGUAAAAAUAUCUUCAAGAUACGUCACAAUUUAAAAAUUAUAUAAAACUUAUAACUACAUUCGAGAAUAAGGAGUUAGGGACAUUUUUUUGGAACAUGUCAUAGUCACCAGUCACCGUUAUAUGUCACCAUUAACCGUGCAUGAAGGGAUCCAUUUACCGUGCAUUUAAAAGUAUGAUUUAACUUUAUUUAGAAAGUUUGAAAAAAACGAUGAACUGAGAGGAUUUGUGGUUACAGGGAACUAGUUCCGUCGAUUUCGUGGUUUUGAAUUAAUCUUAGUUUUUCUUUUCUCUUCUCUUUCUUGUCUUUUGGUCGCUAAUUCCAUUUCCUUGAUAGCUCGUUUCUGCUCUCGCUCCUUUCGCUUUAGAUUUUUCGCUUCUUGUAGUGCUUUCUUUUCACGUUCUUUUGCUUCCAUGAACUCAACGAACACUUUGCUGGUGGCAACUGAAGGCGGAUGAAGAAUUUCUCGCUUUUUCUUUGCUUUGUACGGAAGUACAGAAGAUACCCUGGAAAAAGACAUUGUGAACGCAUCUUCAUCAUUCGAAACCGGCAAUGAUCCAUCGCAUUCAAGCUGGGCUGAUUCUGGAAGCACAUUCUCGGUCGUAUAUUCUGCAUCUGCUACAAAAUGUAAUUAUUAACUUACGAGAAUAUUCAAACUUCACAAUUGACAGAAUUUACUUGUUUGGUCUGCUACAGAAUCACUACUGGCAUGAAUAUUGGGAAGAGGAACAGGUACUGUAAGGGAACAAUCGCGUUUCAUUCCUCGCCACAAGUAAAAUAAGUUUGUAUCCGCCACAUUUCCUCUCCAGAUCACUUCAUUCUCAGCCUUCUGGAACUCAGCCAUCUGCUUAAUGGUCAAGCGGUCCUCAAGUGCUCCCAAAAGUUUAACUUCCUCAGAUUCCAGGCGAUCAAAUUGAACAUUGCCCGUGUUUAUAGGAAUAGUAACAUGGCCGACAUCGGAAGGAAGCGAUUUAUAGUCCACCGCAUCUGGAUUCCAAGGAUAAAUUCCACUUUUUCGAAAUCCAUUCCUAAUCGCUGAGUUCUUGCCCGUGAAGGCUUCCAAGGCUUGCUUCAUAAUUGAACAUAUUUCUGCCUUGUGGAUUGCCUGAACUCCACGCCGACUGCGUUCUUCGAAGAUCGUGUUUUCCCAGUGUUUCUUUAAUGGUCCGAAAAAGCUAACGUCAAGUGGCUGAGUUAGAUGCGUGGAAUUUGGAUACAAAGCUAUCAAUAUGAUUUGGUUGCGACGACAGAAAUCAGUGCUCAUUAAAGUCACAUGACUCUUAUGCCCGUCAACAAACAAGAGAACAGGAAACGGAUUGUUGUUCUUUUUUAACCAGGGAAGAAAAAUGUUCCUCAAAUAAUCAUGGAAAGCAUCUCCGUUCAUCCAACCACUUUCAGUUAUCCCAAUACCAUAGUCUUCAGGAGCACUCCGAGCAAUUUCUCCAGGGAGUCGACUCUUGUACGGAAAUAAAAUUAAUGGAGGAAGUAGCAUUCCAGUGGCAUUUCCAGCAAACAGAACUGUAUAGUUUUCUUUAUCACUGUUUCCAAAUACGGACUGGACAUGCUUAAUAUUCUUUGGAGCCAAGUAUUUUUUGUUUCGCACAACUAAUUGGAAAGCAGACUCAUCCAAAUUGAAAAUUUGCUGCGGCAAUUGCAACAGAUGUUCCAUUGCCUCGCCUGUGAGUUGGUUAAGCACUUCUUGGAACCAGUUCCUUAGCUGAUACUCAGUUACAGCUGCUCGGUGUUUUCCAAAUACAUUGGACUUCCUGACUGAAAUUUGAGGGUGUCUUUUGACAAAUAGAGACAUCCAUUUUUUCCGGGAAUUCCAUUUUUGAACGGAGUUUUUAGCUUCGUGAGCCGGACAUACUGUCCCACACUGAUCCGGAGCCUUUUGAAUGUGAUUGGAAGACCCAAACGAGCAGAAUUCUCAAUCCAUUCCACGAUAUCACGUUCGGUUUCCGCCGAUAACACCGAUGAUCCACCAGGUUUCGAUCCAGCUGUAUAUUUGCGGUUUAUUUUAUCCCGAAUAGUCUGCGCUGGAAUAUGGAAUUCCCGGCUAACGAAUCUCACUGGUAAUCCACGCCGGACAGCAUCGAGUGCUUUCUCUAAAUCAUCCCCAGAAUAGCGUUGCUUCUGGAAUUUCUUCUGGCUCAUUCUGUAUUAAAUUAAAGGAAUAGUUAUUCAUGUAAUUCACAAACGGUGAAUGGAGACUAUUGAUUUCAGAAGGAUCCAUUCACCGUGCAUUUUUGUUUAGGUUGAAAUGCAAAUGAAACAUAUUGUUCAAAUACACUUGUUGCGUAUAACUAAAAUACAAACCUCAACUUUCAAUUUCGUGAUGAUUUUGAGAAAAAAGUCACCUGAUAUUUUAUUUUUCAAUCUAAAACGUUACAAACGUUGUACCCACAGUUUUACUUGAAACGCUGUCAGAGAGCUGAUUGACUUAGAAAGUAAACAAUCCUACACGUCAAAACAUAACUAGAGACGUUUUGUCAUCGCAAGUCUAACUUAAUGACAACUCUUUUAUUAUAAUUUAGUAGUGUACACGCAAAAAUUUAGUAGUUUUGACCUAUUUAAAAAAAUAAUUAAAUUAACUUCGCAACUGCACGGUGAACGGAGCACGCACGGUGACUGGCGACUUGACGGUAUUUCUGCCGGUUACAAGAUUAAGUUCCUAGUGCCAACGUAGCCAUUAGAAGCAAAAGUUAAUAUAUAAUAAAUUAAUUGACUGAUGUGUGAUUGAAUAACAAUCGGCAUCCGUUUUAUUCCUAUUUCUUCAUAUCAGCGAUUUUAUUAUUUUUGGCUUUCACCCUGGUUACUUUUAUAGUUAUUUUUACACAAUUGGCCAGUUAUUUAAGACGUAUUUAUUGUAUGAUUGUUAAAAAUACCACGGUUUUUACAGGAUAUCUAAUAUCAACGCAUCUCUCGUAUACAAAUGAAAUGGUGUCAAUGUAAAUGGUUCGUAAAAAAAAGUUUGUGUGUAUGAAGUUGAAGUUGCACACAUUUUAAUAUAUGCUUAACUAACUACUACUAAUAAAUAAAGGGGUAUUUUAGGAAUGGGGUUAACGAUUAGAUGACGGAAAUCGAUAUCUUAGGACAUUUUAAAGUCCAAGAUGGCAACUUCCGGCUUAGGUAAAUUAUCUAGACCCUCAACGAUGUGGAUUUCAAAAUACAAGAUGGCAACUUCCAAUUCAGAAAAAUUGCGCAUUAUCAGGGUUUUAGAGAAUUAUUGGGGCUUUAGAGAUUAUUCUCAACGAUAAGUUGCAAUCUUCAAUUUUAAAGUGGCUCUAGCCAAGCCCGCCCCAAGAAUACCCAUAUUGUUAGGUUAAUAGAGAAUUAUACUCGACCGAAAAUCGCCAUCUUAGAUUUUGAAAAGGCACCAAACAUCGAUUUUCGUCAUCUCCAUGUCAAUCCCGUUUCAAUAAUAUCCAUAUUAUUAGGUUCUCGAGUAUUUUACACAACCGGAAGUCACCAUUUUGGAUUUAAAAAUCAUACCACUCAUCGAUUUCUUUCAUCUACUUGUUAAACCCGUUCCAAAAAACCCGAAUUGCCAAAUUUAUAGAUAAUUAUCGUCAACCGGAAGUCGUCAUCUUGAGUUUUUAAAUGGCGUCAAACAUCGAUUUCUGUCAUCUACUCAUUAAAUCCGUUCCAAUAAUAGCAUAUGGCUGCUACGUUAGGCUUAUAAAAAUUAUGCUGGUGGCGGGCAUCCCGAGCAAACGAAAAACCCAUAAUGCCCCCUUGAUUAUAAUCCCCACUGCAUGGUGUUUUAAUAGUGUUUGGAAUGUGUUUAACCUAUGAAAACACCACCACCAUGGUCCGGAAGAUCCCAUUUAAAAACCAUAUUCUGAUGCAUUUAUGGGUUUUUGAGACCAUUUCAUGGUGUUUUAAUGGUUGUAAAAUUUGGCGCGGACCAUGUUCAUGGUAUUUUUAUGGGGCUGUAUGGUGUUUGAACCCAUAAGAAUUUGCUCGGGAUAGCGUAGUUGGUAACUCGAUUGUCUUGUACGCAGCUCACCAGGGUUCGAUUCCCCAACCACGCGUAUAGCGUUAGAGAUUUUUCUAGAGAGAUUUGUCUAACACGAGAAAAAAGGCGUAUGACCCUUGGGUUGAAACUUCCAUCAACAAAAAAAAAUCUUGCUCGACCGGAAGUCGUUUUAGAGUUUUACAGAAUUUUGCUCAACCGGAAGUAGCCAUCUUGGAUUUCAAAAUGACGUCACCCAUCAAUCUCCAUUAUCUAAUUGUCCCUUUUCAAAAAUACUCAUAUUAUUAGGCUCAUAAAGAAUUAUGCUCAACCGGAAGUCACCAUGUUGAAUUGUGUUUUGUUAUUUUUGUAGUUUGUUAUUUAAGUAUUAAGACAUUAACCUCGAGGGUAAUACGCCUUUUUGAAAAUAAUAUACAUUUUAAAGAUAUGAUUCAAUUUACAAUUCAAAGUUAAAAAAAUAAAUAAAUAGCGUAGCAUAGCAUAGCACGGACACCUGCACAAAUCGUAAAUGGAGUUGCAGAAUUGAGCAUAUCCAUUGCCAUAUCAGACAUCGCCACGAUCUACAAUGACGUAGACCCGCUCAUUUCAACACAUCUGGCCACGUCCUGACAAGCGUUUUUAUUUCCUAUCAUCUACUUAAGAAAAACGCUCGAAACCGAAACAGUUUUCAUAGAUGACGUGAUAUCAAAAGGCGUAAAAUGUGAGCUGAGGAUUAUAUAAAUUCCUACCACACAAAUCUCUGGAAUUGUUAGUGCUUAAUACAGGCCAUAUUGCCAUGAUAUUUGAAAUAUUUGGAAAAGGUAGAUGAAACGGUCUCACCGGUAUCCAGUAUGCGAAGAUCCUUUCUAUUCCACGUUCCACGUCGCUUCCGGAAGUGUAGCCACGUCACUUUCCUUCUCUGCAACUCAAUUUGAUCACCGGAACGCACCUUUCACUUGACUUCGUGCUACGAAGCGAAUCGUAGUAGGAUGAACUUGGAAUUGCAGGUUUUUAAUCGGGACAGCCACAAAUGGUCCAAAAAAUUUCGAAAGUUCACAAUUGAAUUCUACAAGAUGACGACUCGAAUGAACUCAUGAUGAAUGAAAUUCAUGUUUGACAAUUCUCGGUGUUUUGUUUACUUUGUCUGUUGCGUGAGUUCGAGUGCAACGGGUGCUCAUCUGUUACAUUGGAACUCACGUAGCUCCUAUGUAAACAAACCACCGAGAAUUGUCAAACUAAGUUCAUCCGGCUCAUUUUGUGAGGUUAUGUCGAUUGGUGUAAAACCAAAUUGAAAGACGAUGACAACUAAAUGUUUCACGGAUAGCGAAAAUUACUUGCGUCUGCAGUCGAUGAUUGCUGCGUUCU